AAGAAGAAAGGAAUUUGAUGCUUUAUGUGUCGGCUAGUUAAUUAUCCUCCAAAACCUCCUCCCAUAUACAAGAAACCUUGUCAGCUGCCACCGUUCGCAUCCAUCAAUGGGGAACUGUGCGUUCAAAGGGAUUAGCACAAGUGAGGGAGCUUCUGAUGACAAGAUGGUGAAGGUGGUGACUCCAAACGGAGGCAUCAUGGAGCUGUACACCCCCAUAACCGCGGAGUGCAUAACCAACGAGUUCUCCGGCCAAGGAAUAUUCCGAAGCCGCCGCGACUUGUUCUCAGAGCAGCUGCACCACGACGAGGAGCUUCAUGCGGGGGAGCUCUACUACCUCCUCCCUCUCGACCCUUCUUGUAGGUUGUCAUCGACCAAGAACAUCACCAGACAAUUAUCCAACAACGCUGCCACCCUAACGCCGUACCGAAUGUUUACAUGCGACAUCAAUAACAAUAGGAUGUGGUCGGAAGCAGCUGAAGUGUUUCCAAGGAAGGGAGUAUGGAAGGUGAAGUUGGUGAUAAACCCGGAGCAGCUGUCGGAGAUUUUGUCGCAGGAGUCGCGGACGGAGGCCUUCGUAGAGACCUUGAGGACGGUGGCAAAGUGCGGCAAUGGGAUGCCGUCGGGGGCGAGUUCCGAUCACUCCACUGUAUCCCCUGUGACUCAGAAUCAAGUUAGAGAUUGUGGGUUGCUGGCCUCUGUGUCAAAUAUGGCACUGAUUUAGAGAACUGUUGGCAUGUGCUAGUGGGAUGCUCGUUUGCGCGUUCAUGCUGAAACUAUGGAUCAAGAUAUCGUCUUUUGUAGAUUGAGCGGAGGCUUUUAAAGACAUGAUUUUUGAGCUGUUAAGGAACCUCAAUGAAAGUGAUAAUAUAGAUGUUGCUUUCUUCAAAGACCUAAAGCGUUGGGGAGUUAGCAUGUGCCUGCGUGAUGAAGGAGGAAACUUCAGAGGAGCUCGAACCAUUUCAAAGGAUGGUUUGCCUAUGGUCCAUGAGGAAACUUCAAGGUUUGCUACAUCUGAAGACAAGCUACUCAUGGCUUAGCUAGGCCUCUAAUUUGUAUGUUGGUGUUCACAAUUAUCAUUAUAUCCCUACUUAAAUCAAUUCUUGAAGGAAAUAAUGAGUUGGUUACUAUAAAAAAAAUAGUAAUCUCUUGGCCACAAAUACAUAAAAAAACAUUUC